GUGGCCGAGGAGAACGUGCGCGCCGUCCUCACCCUGAACGAGGAGUACGAGACCCGCUUCCUCUGCUGCUCCGCGCAGGAGUGGGAGGCGCUGGGAGUAGAGCAGCUGCGCCUCGGCACCGUGGAUCUGACCGGAGUCCCCACCUUGGAAAACCUGCACCAGGGCGUCGAGUUCAUCCUGAAGCACCGCGAGCGCGGUAACAGCGUCUACGUGCACUGCAAGGCGGGGCGCUCCCGCAGCGCCACCGUGGUGGCGGCCUAUUUGAUCCGACUGCAUCACUGGAGCCCUCAGGAAGCAAUAGAGGCUAUUGCCAAGAUCCGUCCCCACAUCCUUAUUCGGCGUAAACAAGUCCAGGUCCUGGAGAGUUUUCACAAGGAUGUUACUGCUGGGACAACUGCAGAGUGUCAGUGAGAACUACCAAAAUCUCAGUUUCAGCUCUUUUAAGUACUGUACUUCUUGACCCUCAAUAAAGAAAUUUUUACAUAAAUUAUGGUAAA